UGAUCAUGAUAAGUCAGUCAGUCAGUCAUUAUUAUCAAGUUGUCAAAGUAAGACGAAGCGACUCGUGAAAUAACGUCGUUUAUAAAGUCUUAUAACACUAACGCUCUUGUGUUUAAUUUUUUUGUGCACUAAGUUAAAUCUGAUUACUGCCAUAAUAUUGUUAACGAUCGUAUAAUAUUUAUAAAAAUGCAGAGCGCGUCCGAUAUAAUCUCUUCCCUAUUGUGGUUUAAAGACGAUGGUUAUCAAGAAGAAGAAAACAAUGCACAAAUAAUCGAACAAUUUGUUCAAAAUGUUGAGGAUUUUAGUUCUCAGUAUGGGAGUGAAAUUAGUGUUUCAUACACCGCUUUCAAUCUUCGUGGACCACCAUCGAACUUUCCCGAUUACGGAGACUAUCCGCAAGCUUUUGUCAUGAGAACAUAUGGGAAAUGGUGGGAUGAAGCACCAUCUGUUCAAGAGGACUACAUGCCACAAAAUAGCCGUGCAAUACCUAGUCAAGAUUAUGUUGAAGUAUCAUUCGAAAGAUCAGUAUACCCAUUGGAAGUUGCGAUAUUCGAGACGUACAAUCCUGGUGCGUUGGUUCGUAUCUGGGCAUUGGGUACUGGGGCCUGGUUUCUGCUGUGGGAAGGAGAGCCUGAAUACGCCGGCGACAAACCAAGAAUAUUUAGUCCGCCUAUAAAACAAAUUAAUUUUCCGACAAGGGUCCUUCGUUUGGAGUUCAACCAUCGUCUGCUACCGUACUAUACGGAGUUAGACGCGGUGUUACUUCGAGGAAAAGAACCCGCUAAUGAAAGCAAGAUGAAGAAUAACUUUGCCUAUUCCACGUUGUUUUACAAGAAAACACAACCACAGCCUCAAAAUGGUCUACUAAAUAAAGUGAUGGCUUCGAAUCUGCACGAGAAAGUGGUUCCACCAAUGUUGGUAUCACAGAAGGAACUACCUUUUGAUACAGGACCUCCUCUUGGCGAUUUUCAAAGGUUACCGGACGAGACUAUCCUAACAAUAAUGAGGUAUCUCGACAUGCAAUCGUUGAAUCGUUGCGCUCAAGUGAACCGUCACUUCAAUAGACUUGCAUUGGAUUCUAUUCUAUACCGGUGCAUCGAUUUGCGACCUUAUUGGCAUUGUGUUAGAUCACAGGUUCUAAGUAUACUGGCGACGCGCUGCAAGUUCCUGCAGAAGCUUGACCUGUCGUGGUGCGGCAGUCAUUGCAUGAUACAGUCUCAUUACGUCACUAAAUUCCUGAAACAAAACUGCUCGGAAUUGACACAUCUUAGGAUGAACUGCUGUGAGUUUGUCGACAAUUCGGUGCUGAUAUCUAUUGUGGAUAGUUGCGCUUAUUUACAAGAGCUGUGCCUGCGAUCAGUGAUAGGUUGCUCGGACUGGAUCUACCUGUCCGUGCUGAAGCAUCUCCGGCGACUGGAUCUGUAUCGUACAGACAUCGGUACGACGGCCGCGGUGGCGGUGGUGCGAGCUAAUCCACACUUGCGGCAUGUUAAUGUUGGUUCGUGUAAAAUGAUAUCAUCAAUGGACGAGGUGGCCAUCGCUUUAGGUGCUAAUUGCCCGAACCUUAUCUCCGUAGACUUCUGGAAGUCGUACUCUCUGACCGCUGUCGGCAUCAGGGCGCUUGGUAACUGUAAGAUGUUGCAGGAGUUGGAUGUCGGAUGGUGUCUCCAAGCGGGCAGUUCAGGUGAGUGGCUGUCGUGUCUCGCGGGUACGGAGCUGCGCAAGUUGUUCCUGGGCGCGCUGCGCGGUGUGUGUGACCGGGACCUGCGCGCGCUGAUACCGCGCACCCCGAACCUGGCUCAGCUCGACCUGCUGGGUGUCAGAGCUGUCACACCGGAUAUAUGUACAUACAUACUAGCGCGAUGUCAAGAAUUAAGACUGUUAGAUGUAAGCUUCUGUGAUCAGAUAUUGGAGUCUCAGGUUAACGAAUGGCGGCUACAAUACCCUCACGUCAGUAUCAAGAGAUCGUUCCAAUCGGCCAACCUCAGCGCACCUCCGAGCCCGAUGUUCCUAGCGCCUAGCCUAGAAUGAUAUAACGCUGAACUCUGUGAUUUACUCGAUAACCUCGCAUGUGUGAGAGGGACAGACUAUGAUGCAGCCCUCAGAAGAACACGUGCGAGGGAGUCGACUGUACAUCGCAGAGUUUAGACUAUUUACAGCUCAGAGAUGAGUGUGACAGACACUCAUAAGUCAAUAUAUAAGAGGGAGAUGACUAAAUAAGUCAGUGUUCAAUUUUGGAAUUUGACUAUUAAAUUUGUGCAAUUUUUGAAUUUAAUGUGGUAGUGAAAAGUGUUCAUCGUUGUCUUCUAUCGUAUCAUAUUAAAGUCUCUUUGUGUAGAUUUAUUUAGGUCUUAGUCUAGAUCUAGGAGUUAGUCGCGUGACUUUAAUUGACUACAUUGCAUUGAAUACGUUUAGAGAAAACAACUAUGAAAUGUCUUGAUUAAGUUUUUAGAUAGAGUUUUUGCUUUGAUUAUUUUUAAAGUGCUUAGUAAAUCUUAGUGAAGCAAUUUAACAUAUAAAUUGUACAGUUUUAU